CGUGCGUAUAACAUUGGUAGUAUAUGGUGGUUAACCAGUGAAUGGAGUGAACGCUGCGCUAGGAUUAUUUUGCCUCUGAAAUUCACCAACAAGACUAACAUAGAAAACAUGAGCAAUAUCGACUUCAAAUCUGGUGGUGGACCAGGAUUAAGGAAAGACCUUGGUGGGGGGGAAAGCGCUGAGGGACUCGAUAAAAUCGACAUGUCCUUAGAUGACAUAAUACGUUUGAACAGAAGAGAGCAGCAUACACAGAGGUCUGGCACGGGAAAUCGCAAGACACUCGUGAAUGGCCGUUUCUCACAGGGAAGGAGGGUUGGAUCGUGGGCUAGUGGCCCGUCACAAAGAGGUGGGGGUGUAGCGAGACUGGGUGGCCGUGGCCGAAGGAUGCUGCCUGUAGUGGGUCGUCGACGGGGUCAGGGGGUCAUUACAGGUCUGGCAGCCCGUCGGUCAGCCGCUCUAUGGAAGGGAAUCAGCCCAUUGAACCGGCCCACUGUAACUCAGAAACCACGGCCUCUUAUGCAGAGGAGGCCAGCGCAGCCCACACAGACAGACAUACAGCGGCGGCAGCACAGACUAGCAGGAGCACAGAGGGGCCAGAACGCAGCCGCGCACAGACCCGUCCAGCUGCACAGACAGAAUGCGCCCCCCAUUCAGCAGAUCCAGAAGGAAGCUCGACAAGCAACUUUUCUCUUCCGCAGGGGCCUCAAGGUCCAGGCCCAAGUGAACAGCCCAGCGCCACCCCCGGCAGCACACCGGACACGCCCGUGGCGCACUUCGACAACAAGCAGCGGAAUCCUGACCGUUUCCAUUGACAAUCCGACCGCGAGGACACAGCCAGAGCCCCCCCGAGCCUGGACGCUGCACCCGCCCGUUACGCCCCCACUGGCCGUGAAGCAGGAAGAGGAGGAAAGGAAGCCGCCGCCCAAAGGGGUGCCCCUGCAGUUUGACAUCAACAGCGUGGGCAAACAGACCGCCAUGACGCUGAACGAGCGGUUCCGCAUCCUGAAAGACCGGCGCGUGGCGGCCGCUCAGAGCGGCAAGGCCGGCCGCUUCGUGACCGUGGGCUGACCGCGGCGCGGGUUCGACCGCGUCCCGACCGACGGGAGACCAGGCAGACCCGGGCGUACCGCGGAGGAGAGGGGGGGGGGGGAAAGCCAAAACAAGCCGGGAACCCAGCACAGCCAUUUCCAAGCAAGACCCGUCUAAUUCUAAUUCUCUUGGGGGAACAAUAGGAAUCCAGCGAGCCCAGAAAGAGACUGCGCUACACAAACUUCAGAGGAUUUAGGGGAGCAUUAAUCUCGGAAGGAGGUCACCUGUCUUAAAAAAAAAAAACAAAAAAAAAAAACAUUUUUUCUUAUUUUUACUGUUAAUAAUGACCAGAAUUGAUUCCGCGUUCAGGCAUUGUGUUCAGGAGUGCCUUUUCCAGGGCAAAUUCGACUUGUUCCCGAUGAGGUCGAUGCCAAGCCCAGAACAGAGAGCCAAGUGUUAUGUGAACAGGAAUGGUUUAAGUUAUUUAGGGUUUUUUUUUUUUCUUUUUUCUUUUUUUUUUUUUUUUAAAUAGAAAUUAGUUUUUAUAAA